AUGACUAGGCCGCCUAGUCAUGCAGAGUUGCUCGAUGCGCAAGCUGCUGAGAACAUCGAUUGCGAUGCUUCUCCUAAGUUUGAUGUUCAUGAUGACCUGGUGUACUACGACGGUGUGCCGUAUUUACCGGCUUCUCUACGGCAACAAGUUAUUCUGAUGCUCCAUCAAAGUCUGCUUCAUCCAGGUCGAGCUUCGACUUCAUCUACGCUGAAAGAGUACUUUCGGUUCCCUAACUUGGACUCUGAGGUAGAGGAUGCCCUGGAGUCCUGUCCUGAUCAAGUCUGUAAACGAGAGCGGAAGAAAACUUUUCCGCUCAAUACUGAUACAUGCAGGCGGUUGGCUACUAAACCAUGGUCCUGUGUGGGCGUGGACAUCACGUAUGUCUACUCUGUCCCAGUUCUGUCAUGUAUCUGCGAAUUCUCUAGAUUCGCUGCUGUACGAGUGCUCCGCGUUUGUGAAGCUUACAAUCGUACGGUCCACGGUUCUACACAGCAAACACCGUUGGAACGUCUCUUCGGUCGUAAGCUCAGGCUUGGUGCAGAACCUCCUUGCCGAGUUCCUCCAGCUGUUGGUGUCUCUCCGUUCGAAGUAGAACAGGAGGUUUGGGUCCUGAAGCCCACAGAACAACGUCGAGCAGGAGCUAGGUUUCUGACCGGUGCCUAUAAGAUAACUACUACUACCCCAUUUGCUUCGCGAGUGCGUAGUGUUGAUCAUCCCGGUCGAGGUGAACUUGUAGUCACUAACGACAGACUUAUUCCGAAAGCGAAAGAUGCUGAUAUUCAACAAGAAGACAGCUCGAUGAGUGAUGACCACUCCUUUUACUUAAGUUCCGACGAUACUCUGUCCGUGUUCUCCUAUAAUCCUAUAGAGGAUGUACACGAGCAACUUGCUGAUCAGGAUAAUGGUAUCCCUGAAGUUGCCGAGAGUCCACAUGCAUUAUCUAAUGAUGGUAUUGAGGGUCAUGGUCCUUCUACUACUAUCGGACCAAGAGAUCGUCAUCCCCCAGUACGUUUUGUUCCCGGUGGUGAUCCCCGUGAACUUAGUUUCGAUAAGGACGGAUACCCUAUCGAGCCUCAGCCCUAA